UGGUAACAUGUCCAGCAAAAAGUGGAUCUCAUUUUGACCCACCUGCAACUUGUUUAAGCCAAACGAACGAGAUGAAGUUGGCCUCUUUUCAAAAUAAAAGGUUUUGGUCCGCAAGAUCAUCUUUGGAGCCCUCGGAUGUUGCUCGUUUGGCUGAAACUGCUCGCAUUUCCCUAACCCCUCAACAAGUUGAGGAAUUUGGUCCAAAGAUUCGCCAACUAGUGAAGAUAGUCUCCAGACAGCAACAAUUUGAUUAUGGUGUGGUUUUCUUUGGUUGUCAUACUGAGACCAGCAAUUUGCGUAAUGACGAGCCAGAAAUUUUCAGAAAUAGGGAUGCCAUAAUAGCAGCCGUGCCCACCUACGACGAGCCUUAUAUAAAAGUUCCCAAAGUGCUCAACAAAGAAUGAUGCAUAGUUUGGUAUUAUUUUUAUCUACAUAUCUUCUUUCGGUCUGUUCACGAUUCUUACAUCCUCGUUUCGUUUAAUAUUUUGAGCAUGUUCUUAUUCAUAUAUUGUUUAUGUUAUGUGGUGAUUGAAGUCAUGGUGCACACCGUUUUUAAGUUUUGGCGCCUGAAUAUUUAGUGCUAUUCUGUAAAUUGCAAAUUCUGCAGGGUGGUCGGUCAAUUGAGAAUAUGUUAUAUACAUCUCUUAUAUAAAUAUAAAUAUUACGACUCAUGUAUUGUAAUGUAGCUUUCUCGAUCAGGUUUUGAUUGUGUUUUUGUCGCAUCAUAUGAACACAUACAUAGUUAGAGUAAACAGAAUAAGAUAUGCUGUUCCUGUUUAUUAUAACAGCUUUUCACCA